AUGAGCUCUAAUGCAGUGACAACAGAGUUAGAGAUAAGUGGACAACAUUCCCACCAUGCUGAACACUAUAAAGAUUCAGUUUUUGAUCAAGAUUGUGAAUUACCUGCAAACUUAUAUGAACCUGAAGAGCCAAUGGAAGAAACACCACCUUCAUAUAUAAAUAAUGAAUACCAUAUGAAUGCAUCCACUCAACCUGCAGUUGUAGAAGAAGCAGAACCAUCAGUAAUAAUAAUAAAUCAAGAAUCUGAAUGCUCUAAAGAGGAUAAUCAUUCGUCAACAGUUUUCAACAGUACCAUGAUAGAUCUUCCUAGCGUAAGUCUUGCAAGCUGUUUCACAACUUCUUUUAUGAAUAAUUUGGAAAAUGAGCUAGAUGAAUUAGAGUUACCUAUAAUAGAUAUUUCCCAAAUAGUCAUUAAUCAAGACAAAGAUACUCCAAUCAACGCUCAAAUGUUUACCAGCCCAGACCUUGAUAUAAUCCAAGUUGUUGAAUCUUCCGAUACUCCUGUUGACAUAUCCCUCACCCAAAAUAAAGAAAUUGAACUAAAUAUUACCAAACCUCUGAUAGUCCAAAAGCUGACCAUCAGAGUACCAAUAAUGGAGAAGAAAAAAUUAUCACCAAAAAAAUUAAGAUACUUAAACCGUUUAGUGAACCAGCUGAAAAAACACCAGAAACUAACAUAA